AUGGAAACAAAGAGGACUGAAUCUUGUGAGAUCAGCUGUAGCAGUGUGGAAGGUGCAUAUGAGGCGGAAGUGCUGGAAAAGGCAUAUUACUCCUUGGCACCCUUUGCUUCUUUAAUUAGAACUUAUUAUGUGACAGUACGAUGAAAAUCAGCCAAUAUUUCUGGAGUAAUAUACACCAUUAUUCAGUGGAAAUAUGCACAACUUCUGGGAAGCACUGCGGUGUAUAAUACUGUUACUAAUAGGGUAUCAUGCACAUCAUUUUACCUCUUUUCAGCACCAUUUGCUUCUAAACAUCUAGAAAGUGUCCAAUCCUUUAUUGUAUAUUUUUUCCUUAUGGUUUAUAUUUUCACAGCCAAAUUGUAACUCUACUCUCAAACAAGUUCCAAUUACAGGAUAUAUCCUUAUGGAGGUAUGAUAUGUAUGUUUUCCAUUGCAGCAGUAAAUGAAGUUGGUGAGGGGCCAGAAGCAGAAUCUAGUAUUACUACAUCAUCCUUAAAAACCUUUCUAAGAAUGAGAUCACUAAAAAAUUUAGUAGAUGAAGCACUUUGCCCCAUCAAUGACAUUCACCAUAAUAUUACAGUUAGAAAAUCAGAAAUAUCAGUUAAUGUCCACCAGCAAGUUGUUUAUUUCUCAGAAGGAACUAUCAUAUGGGUAAAGCAUACUGCCAACAAGUCUGAUGUGUCUGACCUGAGAAUCUUUUGUAGAGUUUCCGGAUUAGUUUCUUAUUCCAUAAACUGGCUUUAUCAAAGAAUAUAUUUCAUCAUGGGCAAGAUGACAUAUGUGCUUAUUAAAGCAAUGAUAAUUCACUUUCCAGAAGAUGAUGGCAUUUACAGAGUUGAAUUCCCAUACCACCUGGGUGGGAUUCUGAAGCUGUGGAGAUUGUUGAGAGUAAAGCCACAGUCUAAAGGAAUCAUUUACUUCAAUGACACUGCCUAAUUCUUUACAUCAACAUUUCUAGAUGGCUCUGCUUCCCAUCUUAUCCUACCUCAUGCCUCCUGUGAGGAUGUGAGUUUUGCUUGUGAAAACAACAUCUUCCUUGUGACAGAUGGUAAGGCUCUUUUCCAAUAGAAUUCCUAGUCUUUCAAUAAAUUUAUUGUAGGAUAUGAUCUGAGUCAUAUAGAAGAAUUUUGAUUUGGUAACUUGAUUGUCUUUGCUUCCUACACCCAGCCAUAUCCUCUGCCUGCGCCUCAACUGCUCUCUGUGGUUUUUGGCUCCAAUAAAGCCUUACUUCAGUGAAAGCUACCUGCACUUGCCAUAGAAGUCAGCACUUCUUUAUUGCAGAAUAGGACUUAUGAGAUCAAUGUAUUAAACUUUCUUGAAGUCACUCAUGUUUUCUCUAACAUAAAUGAGACUAUGCUCAACAUACCUGAGUGCCAGAAGUACAAGGUUUCUGUGAAAACAAGUUCUUCUAAGGGGUGAGGCCCUUGGUCAGAUCCCUUGACUGGUACUAAUUGUUUACCUGCUACAGAGUCACCAUUUAUCAUUGUUGUGAAAAAAGAUGGGCUGUGGAGCAAACCAUUAAAUACCUUUGAUGCAGGAGAACUCUUAUCUUCUGAAUUAGGAAAUGUAUCAGCCAAAGGCAAAUACCGGGCUUCUUCCAUGGGGCUUCACUUCCAUGGAGUCCCAGCCCCGCAGACAGGUCUGGGUGUGGUGCUUCUCAGCUGCAGCCUCUUAGCUCUCUGCUCUGCCCUGCUGCAGGACAAGGAGGGAGUUUCGAUUUUUCGAAAUGAUGUAGUUCUCGAUAUCAUGAUAAUUACAAUGGAUAUUUCAAGACACCUUUUCUUUGUGUUGAAAGAAUCAAAAAAUGGAAUGAAAAUAUUUGAUACUGAUCUUGAACACAAUAUAAAAUACCCUAGGAAGCUGAAAACUUGCAGCAGGAAUUCAUCAAUCUCUUUUUCUGUAUAUUCUUUUUUGGUUUUUUUUUUUUUUUGCAUAUGUUGGAUUGAAAUUUCUAAUUUGGGCUCUCAGAUGUUCUACUGCAGUAUAAUCAAUAAGUCCUUACAUCACAUUCUGAAACUUAUGUCCACAAACCAUUCAAAUAAAAAAAAAGAAUAUUCUUGAAAUAUAACUGAACACGAAUUAAGUGGACUAAUGAUUAUUGGUACUUCUGACAUAAAGAAACCACAAAUAUACUUUGUCAAAGGUCAAGAGAUCUGGGCUAUGGAUCUGGAAGGAUGCCAGUGUCAGUACCUUAUCCUGUUGCCUGCUUUGCUUGGAAGAAAACUUACUGGCUUAACUGUGGAUGAAGAACUUCUAUAUUGGAGUACCACAGCAAAAGAUAGCACACUGAUUUAUUAAGCAAAGAAAGACAAUCCAGCUGUUCUGGUGCUAGACCAACAGAAUAAACAUAUUUACAGCUCAGUUCUGCAGCCUUUCUCAGAUAUAGCUUUUCUGUCUUUUGCUUUAGAUAUUGCAGAGCCAACUAUACUUAAUAGCACAAACACCAGCAUCACAAUCAGAUUACCUCCCACCAGAACAAACCUAUGUGGUAUCAUCACCAGCCCUACUCCAAGAUAUCUGGUAUAUUACAAGGAAGUUAAUUACUCUAAAUUUAAAUAUAAAAUACUGGCAGUUCUCAACGUUGACUUCCUUUACAGUGGAGCCUUUAUUAUCUCUGAGUCUCGUCCUCAGAAUUUCAACCCUAUUGAAGUUUUUCAAUCAUUUCCAACAUAUAUGACAUGGGUAGCUGUAAAGAAUUAUUAUUAUUCAGAUCCUUUGGAACAAUUACCUCUGGGAAAAGAGAUUUGGGGAAAAACUAAGAGUGGAGUACCAGAGGCAGUUGAACUCAUUAACAUAGCAAUGCAGUCUGACACCAGCUUAUUUAUUUCCUGGAGAGAAUCUCCCAAAUUGCAUGGCCCUAAAGAGUUUAUCCGUUAUCAGCAGGCAAUAACACACCUGGCACUUACUUCUGAAACUCCUCUAAAACAAAAUAAAUAUCCAAAUGGAAGGCUUGCCCUCCUUGUUCUUGGAUUGACUGGUGUGAAAUCAUAUGUGCUAAAGGUUCUGGCUUGCCACUCCAAGGAAAUGUGUUGUGGUGAGUGUCUUCCUGUAAGUGCAGAAACAUUUGAGACACGAGAAAAACUUUCUGCCUUGGUUCCAGGAAACAUUACUUUGCAUUUAGAUUGGAAGGCUCCAUCUAAAGUUAGCCUCAUCAGAUUUUAGUUUAAGCUCCAAAAGGUUGUGAGAAGACAAACAGGGAUUGCCUGGUUCCGUCUUCAUAAAUUUUCUGCUGUACUUUUUGUUCCAAAAUUUAUUUUCCAUUUAGAAGAGAUAGUGAGUGGUUUCAACCAGAGAGAUAAACCAAUGAGCACCUCACUCCCAGAAAGUUUUAAGACAAAAUCUGGAGUCUCAAGUAAACCAGACAUUCCAAAAUUAUUAGAAGGGAGUAAAAAUUCAUUACAGUGGGACAAAGCUCAAGAUAAUGGGAGCAGACUUCUGUACUAUAUUCUUGAAAUCAGCAAUAAAUGGGAUAGAAACUUUUAUUUGAAAGUUAACAAGAUCAGCAGGCAAACACUUCAGUAUACUGGCGACUGUAUACCUGGAAUUCCUAAUAUGAGUUAUCAAGUUUCUCUCUCUCUUUCUUUGUUACAAUCCCAAAAUAUGAUUGACUAUCAGAGCUCAUUUGUGAUCAUAGACCUCAUUUUAUUCCUGCUCUUCUGGUAUAGAAUAUUAAAGAUAAAUAAAACUCCCCAGGAACGGCUGUCAGUUUUCAUAAAUGAAGACAAAGAGUUGAAUUAAUUUCAAGGUCUGGCAGCUCGAGCAGGACUGGCUACUGCUUGUUAUGCAGUACAUACUUUGCCAACCUAUGAAGAGAUUGAAAGCUUCCCAUGGGACAAACUGACUCUAUGCCUCUUGCUGGAAAGUGGGGCCUUUGGAGAAGUGUAUGAAGGGACAGCAAUAGACAUCUUAGCAGUUGGUAGUGUAGAAACCAAAGUAGCAGUGAAGAAUUUGAAGAAGGAUUCCACAGACCAGGAGAAGAUUGAAUUCCUUAAGGAGGCACAUCUGGUGACCAAGUUUAAUCAUCCCAACAUUCUGAAACAACUAGGAGUUUGUUUGCUAAAUGAACUCCAGUACAGUAUUCUGGAACUUAUGGAAGGAAGAGACCUUCUGACCUAUUUGCACAAAGUCCAGAUGACCAUGUCUAAUGGUCCUUUGCUUACCUUGGUUGACCUUGUAGACCUGUGUAUAGAUAUUUCAGGUUGUGUUUACUUGGAGGAAAUGCACUUCAUUCACAGGGAUUGGGCAGUUAGGAAUUGGUCUGUGAAAGACUAUACUAGUCAAUCAUGGAUUGUGAAGAUUGGGGACUUUGGAUUGGUAAGUAACAUCUAUAAAAAUAAAUAUUAUAGAAAGAGAGGGGAAGGCCUGCUCCCUGUUCAGUGAAUGGCUCCAGAAAGUUUGAUGGAUCUUCACCAUUGAAGAUCUUCACCAUUGUAUCUUCACCAUUUAAUCAAAUGUCUUUUGUAAUUUUUGAUUUGGGAGCUUUUAACUCUUGGUCAUCAGCCUUAUCCAGCUCAUUCCAACCUUGAUAUUUUAAACUAUGUACAAACAGAAGAGAAACUGGAGCCUCCAAGAAAUUGUCCUGAAGAUCUGAAGGACUGUGGAAAGCCCACUCCACAAUAUUCUCUUCAGCUUUUAGUUGGCACAACAAUCACACCACUUCUGAGGAGAAAUAGGAUCAAAGGGCAAUUUACGUUAAGUGAAGAUGGUUGUAUGGCUUGUUUGAAUUCAGAUGAUGUUAAAUCAGUUGCUUUAGUGGAAACCAAGAACCAGGAUGGAUUAAACUAUAUGGUGCUUGCUACAGAAUGCAGACAAGGUAAUGGAAACUCCUGAGGAUCCUCUAGGCUUCACAGAAUAUGAAUAUCAUGGUCUGGGAAAGAAGAGAAGGAAUCACAUGCAGACACAGAUAUCUGCCAAGAAAAACAAGUGGCUUAUUACCCUCCUGCCAAGGCUGAAGACAGGAACUAUGCCUGCCUCACCCACAGUGGACAUGGAGAUGGGUCUGAUUAA